AUGUCCCUCCGAACGUUCACAGUCUUUCAGGAUGCCGUAUCCAGUGAGCCGUCCCAGCCGAAGGUCGUUCGCUCCAACACCAUGGCCACACGCUCGACUACGCUCAACGUCGCUGCGGCCGGUGAUGCCACCACCCUCAGCGACUUGGUUGCUCUUGACAAGGAGAACGUAAACCCUCUCACAGGAGAACGGGCCGGACCCUCCACCACCGCCUCCAAGAAACGUAAGACCAGCGUUCUCGCGACCAAAGUUCAACCACCACCGGCCACUAAAGUCAAGAAGGACGCGGAUACCCAACCGGAGCCCAAGAAACGCAAGGGAUCCACUGCGGCCACCACGAAGCCAAAGGGCUCCAAGAAGGAUACCAAGGUCGCAGGGUCUGGUAGGAAACCCUCCACCAAGCGAGCUGGUUCGAGGAAAAUUUCACCCAUGCCCAAGUUGGAUGAGGAAGUGGAGAAGGAAAAGGAACGCUUGUCGCAGGCCGAGAUCGAUUCACGGUGCUACGAGCUCACAGUCAAGCCUCUGGCUGACGUCUCUGAGGCAUAUGAGGAGGUCGACGUGUUUAAUGGCCUUCCCUCUUCGUCUUCUGGCGUCUCUGAGACUAGAGCCAAAUUCCGCACAGUUAAGGCAUCGUCUGUUGAGCCAGAGAUCCGCGAUUACUUCGCAGAGCCUUCGCAGGCACUUUUUUCUUCGUCGACGUCUUCUCGCCGCCGUGCAAUGUCGGAAGAUAUUACGGAGCCGCGCACGUUCUCCACCCCGGAACGCAAGCAAAUUUAUGCGGCGUUCACGUUCUCGUCACCCUCCGGCUCUAGCACACGCCUCAGCAAGACUUCUGGGUCCGGCGACGCUUCGCCUGCCGAGCAGCUCGCAUGA